AGCAUAUUGACUUUUUUGACUACAGGCAUGAUGUGUGGUGUGUUACCGUGUUUUGUGGUUUUGAUUUUGAAAUCAUGUUUGUGUAACUGAAUAUUAAUUUUGUAAUGUGUAGUUGCCAUUAUUAAAUAUAUAGCGCAAGAAUGGACAACAAAAUAAAAAUUUCUGAAACUGUUAUCCAAAGGCUAACAUAUGCUGACAGACCAUGUACAGGAAGAUUAUACGGUAUUUCUGAGGAAAACAAUGUUGUUAUUCUCGGGCUACAACAGAAUGUGCCUAAUGAUAAGACACAAGGCAUAUCAAACGUUUUCCCUACUCCUAUACAGUAUUGUGCAACAUUUGCAGUGGAUAUAAUUAAUACACAUUCCAAAGUUGAUGGCAAAUUGCAUGUUUUUUGCAAUCAGGACACAAAAAAGCUAAUGGUAUUUGACAAGAAAUCAAAGGAAUCCUCAUUUGUAAUAGUGAGUGAUGGUGACAUCUUCUCAAAGUACUGGAUUUUGCAGUUGAAAGGUAGCAUACCAUUAAUAUGUGAGGCCUCUAAAACAACCAUACAAGAGAUGUUCCAAGAUUUGCGUAGUCAUGUUUCUUCAGAAAGUACAGCUUUCAAGAUAACAGACCUAUGUACUUAUGUUUUGCAUUCAAAUGUGAUUUGUGGUGCUGAAGAAGGGAACAUUACAAUCAAGCAACUAUUUGAAAGUCUUAGUGAAGAUCAGAAAGAACCAAAUAGGAAGAAAAAAGAGAAGGUUACCUCUGCUACUGUGCUUCUUGUUGAAUUUUUGCAAAAGAUGAGUGUGGGUGGAACAGAAGCAUCAGCAAAUCAUGCGCCAUUAUGUAUUUUAGAUAAAAGAAUAAAGAAAAUAAUAAACACUUAUUGCCAAAUAGAUACCUUGGCAAUGAUAUCAUCAGAUGCACAUCUGUCAAAUGUAUACAGAACUUUACAAGAAGCCUUGCUGAGGUAUCUUUCUCAAUAUGAGGAGAAGUUAUUGGCAUGUUUCAAAGAGAACACUAGCUUAAAGAUUGAUCCUUAUCACUUUUACCCUUCAGAAUGUGGGCAUUUCUUAACUUUAUUAUAUCCUGCUGCAAAGUCUGAUGAAGAUUUAGGUAAGAGGAAGAUUUGGCUGCAAUAUAGAUCAGCUCAUGUCAAGUAACAGAAAGGUUGAGUCUUCACCAGCAGUGUAUGUUGAAUGAAAAUGUUCCAAUGUUCAGACGUGCCAACAAGUUUAUCAAUAAUAAGAAUAAAAGGAAUGGUCCAUUGAUAAAUCCUCAUAUAGGUGUCAAGGUGAUUGACAAUGGAGGAAAUACGUACUCGGUAAGAGGAAACUACGAGUAUUAUCAUUACUGUCAAAAUGGUAUGGAUGAUUCUGGUUGGGGUUGUGCGUACAGAUCAUUGCAAACUUUGGCAUCAUGGUUCAAGUUACAGGGUUAUGUUGAUAGAGAGGUGCCUACAUUCCAUGAAAUACAAAAGUGCUUAGUCGAUAUCAAGGACAAACCAAGUAGCUUCAUAGGUUCAAAACAGUGGAUUGGUUCAACGGAAGUAAAUUUUGUAUUAGACACAUUAUUAGGCAUAACAUGCAAGAUUUUGUACGUAUCUUCUGGCGAAGAAAUGAGUCAAAAAGGUCCAGAGCUAGUCGAUCAUUUCAAGAAUCAAGGAUCGCCUAUUAUGAUAGGAGGUGGUGUUUUAGCCCACACAAUACUGGGUGUGGACUAUAACCCUGAAACUGGUAAUAUUUAUUUCCUAAUAUUGGAUCCCCACUACACAGGCAGUGAAGAUCUUCAUACAAUCCAGUCAAAGGGAUGGUGCGGUUGGAAACCUGUUUCAUUUUGGAAAAAGGACUCUUAUUAUAAUAUGUGCCUACCUCAAGUCCCUAGAGGGAUUUAGGGUGCCAGAACUUAACUUCAUGAUUAUCUUGCCAGAGGAAAUUACGGACGCGUUCGUAAAUGUUUGACGUACCUGUUGCAUUCGGAAAUAAAGCCAAGUAAUCCGUCUGCAACGUCAAAAGUGUGC